AUGCCAAUCUUUGACAUAACAAUCUUAUCAACUGUAUACUUCAUUUCUAUCAUUCAUAUUGUAUGCUUCACAUUUACUUAUUCUUUAAAUAUACCGAAAAUAAAUCAAAAUGGAAACACAGAGAUUUGGAAUUUAACAAUUAUUCAUACCAAUGAUGUUCAUUCACAUUAUGAUCAAAUCAAUGAAGCGUUCACGGAUUGUACGGCGGAACAAUUCGAAAAUAAUGGAUGUUUUGGUGGAAUAGCUAGACAUAAGACGGUAAUUGAUAAGUUAAGAAGGGAAAAUAUAAAUUCGUUACUUUUAGAUGGAGGAGAUCAAUUUCAAGAAACACUUGUUGCUCACCUUGAACAAUUAAGCAUGCCAAUUGUUUGUGCGAAUAUCAAUACGACAUUAAAUCCUUUACUUGGAGCGUACAUCAAGCCAUAUCAUAUAUUUGAAGAAUACAAUCUUGCUGUUAUUGGUUAUAUAACUAAUGUAACAGAUGAUGUUUCUAACACGGGUCCAACCAUAUCAUUCAUCGAUCCAAUUCCUAUAGUUCAACAUUAUGUUGAUGAAGUACAUUCAUUAGGAAUUAACAGAAUUUUAGCACUUUCUCAUAAUGGAUACAAACCCGAUAAAGAAUUAGUUGCAAAGACUCAUGGUAUUGCUGUGCAUAUCGGAGGGCAUAGUCAUAGCUUUUUAUCUAACGAUACUACUUCAAAGGAUUAUUCAUUAAUAGAAGGAACAUAUCCUACCAUUGUCAAGAAUGCUGAAGGAGACGAUACUUUGAUCGUACAGGCAUUCUGGUCCGGAAAAUAUAUAGGACAUUUAGAUAUCUCAUUUGAUGAAACUGGAAAAGUAGUCGCCUAUUCUGGUGCACCAAUUCUGAUCGAUCAAUCAAUUCCUCAAGACCUUGGUCUAGUUAACUUAGUAAGCAAAUGGAGAUCCCCAUUUGAUAAAUAUACAAAUAUUACAAUUGGCAAUGCAAUAGACACGUUUGAUCACUCUAAAUGUCAGAUGGAAGAAUGUACGAUUGGAAACUUAAUCGCCGACUCAUUACUUUGGUAUUGUCAGCAAAAUAUUAGCAACAAAUUAAAUUAUUCAAAAGCAAAUGAUACUGUUAAGUUUGACAUUACAAAAAUAAAUGCUGCAUUCAUAAAUGCUGGAGAGAUCAGAGCUGGACUACUAGAAGGGCCCAUAACAAAAGCGAAUAUUUUAACCAUUAUACCAUUCGAUAGUUCUCUGGUAAUUUUACCCUUAACUGGAAAAAACAUUUCAGAUUUGUUAGAAACGGCAGUGGGAAGAUCACGUAACAUUAUUUCUGGAAAAGAAGUCAAUGGCUUUAUUCAAGUUUCCAGAAUCAGAUUUAAAUAUGAUGGUAGCAAACCAAUAUUUGAGAGGCUGAUCGAGAUAAAAAUCUGGAGUUGGGAUACCAGAAUGUUUGAGUCGAUUGUAAAUGAUAGAAUUUAUAACAUUGCUACUAUUGAUUUUGUCGCAAAUGGUGGUGAUGGAUUACUUCCAUACUCAGUUUUGGGAUUAGUUCAUUUCGACACAGAAAAUGAGAUAUUAACAAGUUACAUCCUUGAUCAAAAAAAUAUAACGCCUUAUCUAGAUGGUCGUAUACUAGAUAUUGACAAAAAAUAA